CUGUCAUGGUCAUGGUGUCUCUUCACAGCAACAGAACCCCUAACUAAGACAUGGCGCAUGACCGGAACCCAGGCAUGUGAGAGAUGGGUUGGGGCAGGAGAGUUAGCAGUUCAAGGUCAACCUCAACUUGAUGAGGCCAGCCUGGGCUAAAUGAGACUGUCUUGAAAUCGAGAAAUUAAGCAAGCAAGCAAGUUAGUUAGUUAGUGGACAGCCCCCGGGGGCUGCUGGGUUGGCAUGUUGCCCUGGUGGAGCCAGAGGUGAAGGUUGGGCACUGUGAGAAAAAGGAGGUGGAGAGCCCACCGUUUGCUAUGGAGGCCCUAACCUCGGUUUUCUGCUCAGACAAGCAGUUGUUUGGACAUGGAGAGGCAGAGGCAGGAAGGGAAAUAAGAGACACUAUCCAAGAUGCCCUUGAGCCUUGGGAAACUAGGGGACAGGGCAGGGCUGGGGCUCUGGCAGUCUCUCAGUGGAUUUAGGGUGCCUCACUUACCAGCAACUCGGAGGAGGAAGCUGCCUGCGGCCACCAGGGUGGCAGAGGAAGUGAGCAGAAGCCCUGCCUUCCACCUCCGGGCCGGAAACCUGUCUCUGUCGCGAACCUGGUUAUUCUCUGAGCUAGUGGGCUUCGUUUCCUAGUGUGGAAAGAGGAGGCAAGCUCAUGCGUGAGAUGGUGCUUUCUUUCCUACACUGAGGGAAUCUAGGCAGAUGCCCAGAGCCUUGCCUAUCUAUCAGGGAAGGCGAGGAGAAGAUGGAGUCAGAGCCCCUCUACAACCUGCUGCAGUUCCCAAAGGAGGUGAACCAGCCCGCAGAGGAGGAGCUCCCACGAGGAGGAAAGAAGAAAUACCUGUCCCCCAAUUCCCGGAAGGACCCCAAGUUUGAAGAACUGCAGAAGGUGCUGAUGGAGUGGAUCAAUACCACACUCCUCCCAGAGCACAUCGUGGUCCGCAGCCUGGAGGAGGACAUGUUCGAUGGACUCAUUUUGCACCACCUGUUCCAGAAGCUGUCAGCCCUCAAGCUGGAAGUGGAAGAAAUCUCUCUGACCUCAGCCAGCCAGAGGCGCAAGCUAGGGAUCGUCUUGGAGGCCACCAACCGGAGUCUGCAGGUCGAAGAGCAAGAGGCCCAGUGGAGUGUGGAGACCAUCUUCAACAAGGACCUGCUGGCCACCUUGCAUCUCCUGGUGGCCCUGGCCAAACGCUUCCAGCCGGACCUGCUUCUUCCAGACAACGUCCAGGUGGAAGUCAUCCACAUUGAGAGCACCAGGACCGGCCUGAAGUCAGACAAGCUGGUGGAGCAGCUCACAGAAUGCAGCACACACAAGGACCGGCCUUCACGUAAGUGACUUAGGAACUGCGGGAAGAUUUUUCCCUUCUGAUGGGGUCAAAGCAGCGGUGAUGGAGCGGUUAACUGUUUCCACUGUGGUCCCCUACUCUCCUGUGACAGGAUUUGUUCAUGAAUGUGUCCUUCCUUCUGUCUGUCUGUCUUUUAGCUGGCAUCUUCGUACUGUUAUUAUGGGGAGAGACCCACAGUCCACACCACAAGGGCAGAAUGGUGGUGAUGUCGAAUGCCACUAACUCUUCCCUCACUCAUUAACCAUGUAGGCUUGGGUAGGUGCCUUAAUGGGUCUGUGCCUCAGUUUCCUCGUCUGGAACCCACUUCUUCAGCUGGUGGUGAGGGCUGAAGGAGGUGUCUGUGGGUGUGCUUAGCACAUGGAACACUCUCAAUGGUAGGUGUGCAAUAACAUGGCUGCUGCUAAUGUGACGAGUGGUUCACAGGUCAGUGCACUGACCAGCUGUUACUUCUUUCACUUAUCUGUUCCUCAGAUGGACGAGUCAACUGUUCACCCAUUUAUUCCUUCUUACAAUUAUCCAUCUAUCUACCCACCCACUCAUCUUUCUAUCAGGCAGCCAGCCAGCCAUCUAUUUACCUAUAUAAUCACCCAUCCAUCUAUAUAUCCAUUAAUUUAUAUAUCCACCCAU